AUUAUAGCCCUUUUUUCCCCCACCAUGGAGCUAUAGCAUUAAAUCACAAAAAUACAUUCACAUCUAUUUUUUUUAUAAAAAAAAAUAUUUAAAAAUCUUAUUUGGGUCGCCGGAAAAUCAAGAUUCCGGUAACCCAUAGUAGUAUAAGAAAAAAACAACAUAUCAUUUGGUUUAUACAUAGAAUUCUUUCUUUCCUGUCACCGGGAAAUAAAAAAAGGUGAUGAUAAAUGGCCAAGGGUCGGAAACUGGCCACUAGUCGCAGUGAAAUGUUAUUAGGAAACUACCCCAGCUAUAGAAAUGGAAGUGCAACAGUCAACGGUUCCUCAGAACUUGGAGAAGAUGAUAUCUGGUCAACGGUUGAUGACAUGGUCAACGGGGAUGAUCACAGUUCAAGGGGAGAGUGGAAUCCACACGCCGCCGAUGAGAGUAAUAACGUAAACUUCGGUGGGUAUGUGAACCACAAGCAGCCACCGGUCCAGCAAUCCGACCACCACAGCCGCCGCGGCCGCCAGGUUGGUGGCUUGUCAUUGGCGUUUGAUGAUUCAGGUAAAACGGCAUCUCCUCGGAUCUUGCACCAGUUUCGCGGACAAGACGCGCCAUCCCCACGUGUGGCACACAUGGCCACGUCAGCGCCAGUGAAUGUCCCUGAUUGGUCCAAGAUAUACCGAGUUAACUCGGUCGAGUCAUUGCACGACUCGGACGAUGGUGUCGACGAUCACGACUCGGAGAUGGUUCCACCGCAUGAAUACAUCGCUCGAAGCCGGAACUCCAACGCUCACUCAGUGUUCGAAGGCGUGGGCCGUACAUUAAAAGGUCGGGAUUUGAGUCGGGUUCGAGAUGCUGUAUGGAGUCAGACCGGAUUUGAUGGUUGAGUUCAUCAAAUGAACUAGCCAUCUUUUUUUAGAUUAAAAAUUUUUAUAACUAUUUUAGCGAAUGAAAGAGGCAAUUGAUGAUAAUUAAUUAUUUUGCUAGAUAAAUUUUUGGUCUUGGGCAAUGAUUCAGGUUGAAUGAAUACACACUCAGUGAGUCAACUAGUUCCUAUUGAGUCUAAGUUUAAUCAUUUUGUUUUUUCUUAUUACUUUUUAUUACUAUAUUUUCAUCUAUUUUAUGAGAAUGUACUUUUAC